GACAUUCACCCAUACCACAGUUGAUCACUGAGGCGGUGCAAGACUUGGCCACUGAGAUGAUAAUGAACCUUGCAAGAAUCUUGGGUGAGGUCUUGGCCUUAGGGUGAGGAGCGGCUCCACCGCUCUUCAGUCUUCUGGAGGCCACGGUCAAGAUGCUGCGUACUGUGCUUGUUAUAGUGGCUGGUUUAGGGGUAACUAUGGGAGGGACGUCAGUACGUAGCUUACCUACGUUGUUCUACACCCCAGUGUUCCACCACACACCUACCAUCUUCCACAAUCCCUCCCUCCUUAUGCGACAGGUGCCGGAAAUUCGCUCAACUAGGGAUCCUGAAGACGCCAACCUGCCCUGCCCGGUCGUAGGCUUCUACAACCACCCCAGGAACUGUUCCAGGUUUUAUAGGUGUGUGGACUUCACUGGGACAGGAAAGUUCUUCGUCCGCUAUGUAUUCGAGUGCCCCUCCGGCCACACCUUCAGCGUCCAGGCGGCCACCUGCAUCCCUAGCAUCUGUCGUCGCCAAGGACCCGUCAUUACACCUGUCCAGACAUCUAAUGGUUCACCUGUCCAACUAACUCCCGAAACACCUGUCCAACCACCUCCAGAUACACCUGUCCAACCACCUCCAGAUACACCUGUCCAACCACCUCCAGAUACACAAGUCCAACAAUCCCCCGAUACACCUCAGCAAACACCUAUUGCCUCACCUGUUCAACCACCAACUGCUUCCCCGUUCCAGCCUGACGGCCCUACCUCCACAACCCAGCCCAUAACUGAAGCCUCCACGCCAGAGGAAUCCAUCAAUGAGAUUUCAGACCAAAAUGAACCAACUACAGGCACACCCACUGAGGCUUCUACCACAAGGUCUCCACUCGACGAGGCGUGUAAGCAUCAGUACGUGCAGCACGUGACACACUGUAACGUGUAUUAUCAGUGUGACAUCCCGGGUGUGCGUUACGUGUGUCCCGCUGGUACAGUCUUCGACCAGCGUCGCCAAAUGUGCAGACUCAGCAGCUAUGACGAAGGCUUGUGCAUGGGGAAGGCCAUCUUACCAGUCAACUUACUGCGGACGGAGCUGGUGGAUGGACACUUGCAGCUGCCAGAUUCCUUCCAGUUACCUCUCCUGGCUCCUCCCAGCAUGAUCCAAGGUGCUCAGGGAGGCUUCCUUCGUAGCACCUCCAGCAGCGACUUCACAGUGCCAGUGUCGCUAUAUCAAGACAAUGUCCCCUCAAGCCUCAAUACUUCCCCAGGCUUCAUUGCCCCUUCAGUCUUAAACAACGCCCCAGGCUUCCAUACCUCUCCAAGCUUCAACAAUGUCCCGAACUUCAAUAACCUCCCAAGCUUCAACAGUUUCCCAAGCUUCAACGACCCUCAAAGAUUCAGUAACCCCCUAAGCAUCAAUAACCCCCAAAGCUUCAACACCCCAUCAAGCUUCAACAACCCCCCAAGCUUCAACGCCUUCCAUUCCCCCUACCACAGCCCCUAUACCUUCUUCGUCCCCUACAACACACUACAGUGAUCUUCGCAAAAGUUUAUCUCCACACAGUGCUUCGCGAUUCGAGAAAUUCUUACCACACACCCUUUCUUCAUAUCAACCCUGAUAACCUCUCUCCCUCUAGGCGCCAUAUAACCAGUACCGACUUCCCGUUUCUCCAUGAAUAUAAUAACCAUAAAAAUCCAGACAUUGUUGCACAUUCACAUCAUAAUGUUAUUAUGUAAGGCUUAUAGUCAAAGUUUGCUGACUUUGCUUACUCAACAAUGAUUAUUUUACCACACCAGCCCAACAUACAUUUAUUUUUGUUAUGACUUGUUGAGUACUAAAGACAUGUGAAUUAAGCAGUAUUAAGAUAUUAUUAAUAAUAUUAAUAAUAUUAUUAGCUAAUAUUACCGAAGACGUUGUGAACUAAACAAUGCUAUAUUGUUUUUGUCCUUACACGUUCAGGUCAGGCUAACAAAACAGUUUUGUUGUUAAUUAAGAAUUUGCAAUUACACAAAAUAUCGUAACCAUAUCUCCCAAUGCCUAAAAAAAAUCAGACAUAAUUUGUUUUUCAGGUAGUUUACUUUGGCUGCUAUGGGUGAAAAAAGUAUGUAAAUUUUUCAGAAAGCGGUAAAUUCGUGUAGGUUUACCGCGCUGCAUUCACUUCACUGUUGUUAAUACAUUUUCCUUCGAGGGGGAAAAGUAGUGUCUUGAUGUUAAUGAAGGACUCCUGAUCCGAGGAACGGGCGCCACUCUUCCCUGAAUCAAAUUUAAUUACCCCCACUUUCCAGGCGCCUUAAGUUAUGCUGUUUUUAUAUUUUUACUUCGUUAGAUUCAGUUAUAAUCACUUUUUAGACGGGAAAUAGUGAUUUAACUGAUCAUUAUAAUUUUUGUCAAGCACUAAAUAUUUUUUUUAUUUACAUAAAACUAAUACAUAUUAAUUAUAAUAGGUUAAUUGAAACUCACAUUUCAACAUUGUUCUUUAAUGAUAUGUUAAGGCUUUCAAGUAUUUUAAGGGCUUUCAGGUAUUUUAAGGGAUUUCAGGUAUUUUAAGGGCUUUCAGGUAUUUUAAGGGGGAGCAGAUAUGAGCAUUGUGCAUUGAUGGGUUCCUGGUUAUAUAUUGCUAAUACGAGGGACAUGUUGGAGUAUGUUUGUGGAUAUGAUGUGGUCAAACCACGUCUCCUAGUGACAAGCUACCCUAAUGAGGGGUAUGUUGGGAGUCUGUGUGGUCAGACCACGUCUCCUAGUGACAAGCUAACCUAACGAGGAACCUAACCACUCUAAAACUUUGGGUUUAUAAAUAUUUUUCAAACAAUGAAAGAAGAAGAAGUACAAAAAUUAUGCCGUCCUAACUAAUAAGCAUCAUUAUAUAUGAAAAUAAAGGCUAUUAUUUCCCUUA